AUGUCGAACCCGGUCUGGAAUCCAGACAACAUCACAGAUGUCGCCGAAUCUGUUGGUGUUGGCGCUCUCAAUCACGACGUUGUGACCCAACUCGCUCAGGAUGUCGAAUAUCGCGUCAGCCAAAUCCUGGAAGAAGCCCUCAAAUUCAUGCGCAAUGCGAAGAGAACUACUCUGAGCACACAAGACAUUUCACAGGCCUUGCGCCUGCUUGAUGUUGAGCCUCUCUAUGGUUACGAAGCUACGAGACCUCUGCGCUUUGGUGAGGCAUCAAUAGGCCCUGGACAACCAUUGUAUUACGUCGAGGAUGAAGAAAUCGACUUUGAGAAGUUCAUCAACGCUCCACUACCAAAGGUGCCGCGCGAGAUGUCCCUAACAGCACACUGGCUCGCCGUAGAAGGCGUGCAACCCUCGAUCCCUCAAAAUCCCACCUCUGCCGAUCAACGACACCAAGAGCUUCUACCCAAAGGUCCUGGCGCAAAUCCCAACCUGGCUGCCAUCGGUGGAAACGACAAUGUUGCUGUCAAGCCUCUGGUCAAACAUGUCAUAUCAAAAGAACUACAACUAUACUUUGAACGCAUCUGUAGCGCCAUCCUGGACGAGACCAACGAGGAGUUUCGCAUCUCGGCCUUCGCCAGCUUGCGCACUGAUCCUGGUCUUCAUCAGCUGGUGCCAUACUUUGUUCAAUUCGUCGCAGACAAGGUCACACACAAUCUUAAGAGCUUGUUCGUUCUCAGGCAAAUGAUGCAGCUGCUGGCUGCCCUGCUAGAGAACCCCAGCCUAUACAUUGCUCCAUACGUUGCUUCACUGAUUCCUCCGGUUCUUACAUGCUUGAUCGGAAAACAUCUUGGCUCUACAUCCACCGAUGGUCCCGAAGCACACUUUGCACUUCGCGACUUUUCUGCCUCGUUGCUGACGGCCAUUGCCAAACAAUAUGGCCAAACUUCCGGUACACUCAAACCUCGCAUCGCACGUUCAUGUCUAAAGGACUUCCUCGACUCGCACAAACCUUUUGGCACUCAUUACGGAGCCAUCCUUGGCCUACGAGGCAUCUCUGGAGCAGCAGGUGUACGAACACUUAUUCUUCCCAACCUCAAAGCCUAUGACCAGGUGCUCAAGCAAGGUUUGACAGACGAGCACAAGAAGGAUCAAGCUGAAAAGGUUGCAUUGGUGCUGCUUCGGUCAUUGGAGCUUUUGGAGCAAUACUCGGCAAACAUGACCAACGGACAUCCCGAAGGUGCAGAACUAAAGGAACGCUUGACAGAAGCCAUUGGCGAGGUACUCGGCGCACGGGUAUACGAGAGCGGAAGAGCAGGGCUGGUAUCCGUUGUGCUUGACAAGGACAUGGCGGUGUAG